AGUCGUGGAGGAGAGCCUUGAAAGCCGAUGUGGACCUUCGACAUGACGACCACUGAAGCUCACAAUAACAACUCGCAACAAAGCAACAAACAGCAAUCAACAACAUGAGUACUAAGAACAACGAAAACACCGCCGAAGAGCCACCUCAGGUGUACAACUUUUGGCAGCGACAGGCAAUGCGCAUGGCGCGUUGGAGGAAGACGCAUUUCUGGGUGGCGUUUGCGAUUAGUCUUGGACUAUCCUACGUUGGAUUCGCCCAUGGAGACUUCUCCGUCACUACAGAGGGAGGAGGCUGGUCAAGCCGCGGCACGUUGAUCGCCGACCGUCAGACGCAGCUCAUGAUGGUGACCGAGCACGAAGAUGUUCUCUUCUGGGGCGGCGACGCUGCUUGGGAAGAGCUUAUCAAUGUGGUCCAACCUGGUUGGGAGGAAACCGAAGAUUCGGACGGGCGUCGUCUUACAGAAAGUGAAACCAUCAACAUAAACUCGAUCGUCACAUCAACCCACAACUACAGACAAGCCUUCCCAAUGAUCUCUACCGACAACGCGCUCAUGGACUUCUUGGCUCGUCGCUUGCAGGAAGACACCAGCGGCGUUUUGGACGGCUGCGACACAGCUUGGUACACUGACGGACGCUUGACAAAUGAUACCCGCCUCUGGCCCGUCUGGAAGGUUACGACGCCAACAAACUCUGCCUUGCAUCCUGAGAUCUUGAGGGAGCUCUGUGAAGCCGAGGAAGAAACGCAGCGUCUCUUGGAGGAGAAAGGUCUAUGCUUCGGUUGCGAAGAAUCUGCUUCCCGAAAAUGUCUUCCUCCACAUGGAUUGCCUCUCUAUGCCCGCAUGAUUGUUCCCGAUGGACUGUCCCUGGAUUGUCAAGAAUUGGCUAAUGCGUGGAUGCCCUAUCAAGCCGAGACAGAGGCUGAUUGGAAGGUGUGUGUUGAAUACAUUGAAGCCAAUCCUUCUGGUAGCGAAGCAGACUAUGCUCAGUACUGUAAUCAGUACUUCUACACAUCGCUCUUGGAUGAGUUCUUUGACAGCACUGGGUAUGUUGAGUACACAAGCAGUAUCUUUGCCACUGAUGAUGAGAUGGUCGACGAAUUGUAUAAGCUCGUAGACAGCUUUUCCAAGGGCGGCGAGCGAAUCGAAGGAGCAUAUGACACCCAAUACGAAGACUUCGUCGGAUUGUUGGCAGACGGCGCUGUUGGAAUGGACAUGCUCCUGGCUACUGGCUCGGCCUUGGUCACAGCAGUCGCCAUCAUGGUUCACACCAAGAGUCUCUUCCUCACCAUUGUUGGCCUGGUUCAGAUCAGUUUCAGUUUUCCGCUGGCAUACUUUGUGUAUCACUUUAUUUGUGGAUUCACCUUCUUCCCUUUCCUAAACUUUAUCGGAGUCUUUGUUGUCUUUGCCAUGGGUGCGGACCACGUAUUUGUUGCUGUUGACAAGUGGAAGAAUGCUCGCCUUGCAAUGCCCGGUGCCACUACAGAAGAAAUUGCCGCCCGUGCUCUCCCCGAUGCAGCUUCAGCCAUGUUCUUGACGACAUCCACCACCGCUUGUGCCUUCUUCGGGACGGCAAUCUGCCCUGUGGCUCCAGUGCGCCUCUUUUCCAUCUUCUGUGGGCUCCUGAUUACCUUCGAUUAUGUGCUCGACGUUUUCUUGAUGUUCCCAUGCCUGUGCAUUUACGAUGGGUACCGCGACUCUUCCAACUGCUGCAUCUCCUGUUGCUGCUGCCGUCGCACCGCGGCCGAUAAUGACGACCUGGAAAUUCAAGACUCAUCCUCGGAGGGUGAAGACGAAACACCCCUUCGCACAAGCUUGAUCCGCCGCAUACUCCUCGGCUACUAUAACUUGCUUCACAAGAUUCGAUGGCCUCUACUUGCCGCCUCCGCAAUUGCCUUCAUUGUUUGCUGCAUCUUUGCAUCCAGUCUGGGACUUCCCAACUCGUCUGAUGUCCGUGUUUUGAAGCCAAGUGUUGAAUUCGAGAAGCGAUGGGCAUGGGGUGGCAAACUUUUGUACGAAGCCUUGGAGAAGAAGGCUGGAAGUGAAGCUUUUGUGAUCUGGGGUGUGCAAGCUGCCGAUACGGGCGACCACAGCAACCCCGAAAGUUGGUCGACUCUGGUUUUGGACGACACCUUUGACCCCUCCACUCAAGCCGCCCAAAGCUACUUGAAGGACUACUGUCCUCGAUUCCUCGCAAAAGAGUUUGCAAGCAUCCCUGACGACUACGAAUGCCCCAUCAAUCGUUUCGACACCUGGCUUCAAACUCAAAGUGCUGCUGCUUCCAGUGAUUCCCUCUACGAGACCUACUGCGCCGGAGCUUCCGCCCUCCCAAUGGACUCGAAUGCCUUCCAUGCUUGCUUCACCGCGUGGGCUCAACUGGAGCAAGAAACAUCUGUCCUCUCUCGAAACGGAGUUGUCGAAGUGAUGUACUUUUCCUUCAAUAGUCGUGUCCGUUACGACUCGCCGAACGAGGCUCUCGACAGUGAAUGGAACAUGAUUGAAGAUUGGAUGAACAGUGACCGAAACGAUAAUGCACCCGAAGAAGCCUCCAACGCCUUCUUUUCCUCCCACGACUUUUGGUGGUACGAUACCAACAGUAACAUGUUCCGCACGGCGUAUGGUUCAGCUGCUAUCGCCUUGGCUGCCGCGGGCGCCAUCAUCUUGAUCUCUUCGCGAUCACUAGUCAUGACACUCUUCUCGGUUCUGAGCAUUGGAUAUGUGUUGGCAUCGGUGACAGCAAUGAUGGUGGCUGUUGGGUGGGACUUGGGCUUCUUGGAAAGCAUUUGCUUUGCCAUUCUCAUUGGUGUUUCAGUUGAUUUCGUCAUUCACUUUUCUCACGCUUAUGUCGCACUUCCGGGAGACGUUUCCCGAGAACGUCGCACGAAGCAUGCUUUGAUUGAUAUGGGACCUUCCAUAUUGGCAGCAGCCUUUACAACACUUGCCGGCGCCAUGGUGAUGCUGUUCUGUGUGAUCACCUUCUUCACAAAGUUCGCCAUGGUCUUGUUCUUUACCAUCAUCCAAGCGACCAUUGGAAGCUUUGUGGUCUUUUUGACCCUGACCGACUGCAUCGGACCUCGCGAACCUACCUCGACGGCAGAUCGUUUGAUUGCCACGUGCGUAGGAACUUCCAAGACACCCUCAUCGCCUGAUACUUCUGUGGGCAAGCCCAGCGAAGCAGACGAUAUUGAAAUCACAGAGACUGCCAGAAGUGCCACAGUCUAUUAGAGUUCUGACCGUGUUUGUACCUGUACAGCAGCAUUCAUAUCAUGAAUAGCUAGAGUAACGAAAGUAGGAUUCCACAAUAAACUCAUCAAGAUUAACCCUAGACUAGGGGCACCCGGCAUUGCAAGGCGGGCAUUCUUCCGCUUGUCAACUGAA